GAGCCCGAGCGUUGCAGAGCGGAUUGGAAACAGGAAGAGGACUAAAGGGGGGGAGAAAAAAGGCACGGUGGAGAGGAUCGGGUGAGACAAGGUGGUGAGGAGUGAAAGGGAGGUAAAGGGGUGCAGAGGGGUGUGUGUGGACCAAAAGACAGAAGACAAAUAAGAGGCUGCAUGUAUCACCCAGCAGAGCUGUACUCGAGCCGUAAAACAUGGCACUCCUAUCCAGAUGGAGGACCAAACAGAGGACAAUGGGCCCCGGUAAACAGUCGGCCUUGGAGCCAAACACAAAGAUGCAAUGGAGGACGCAUUCCAGCUGAUCAUCUCAUCUCACCGUCAAGUCGUCAAUACCACAGGGGGCAACGGACGGUUCACUAUCCCCAAGACAAGGGUUCCUCUAAGGGGCACAGGCAGUCUCUCCAUGUUUGGGAUGGUAAAGAACAGCCAUUUGAGGGUCAGAACUGGCAUCACAACUCUGGGCGCUCAUUCCACAACCGAGCUGGCACCAACAAUGGUUAUCUAACAAGACCAGGAGAGCGCUACACAAACUGGGACAGCAAUGUCAGCAACUCUUUGCACGGGAGUCCUCGUCUGCACCGCAACAACAGAGAGCCCCAGCUCCCCCCAGAAAGAUGGGCUCCCUCAGACUUUCGCAGGACCUUCCCCGCUCGAAUGAUUAAUGACAGGCCCGGGCUUUGGAAACGGCCAGCCUCUCACCAGCGCCAAGACCAAAUCCACCAGCAUAGUUCACCCCCGCAGCACCCGACAUCAACGAGGGAGGAGUGUCCAGCCAAGAGGAGCCGGGACUCAGGUCCUGAUCAGUCAUCUCAUCCUGGAUCAAGGCAUUUUGUUGCCCAUCCACCACCCCCACCUCGCCACCACCGUUGUAACCAAGACAACUGGAAGCCUCCUCAUGACACGGCAGGUCCUAGCCACCCCUCUCACCACAGGACCUCAACAACACAGCAACAGGAGACCUCAAAAUCACGCGCUGGAGGACAUAGCUUUUGCAACGGUGACCUAACGGUUCAAAACCAGGGUUGCAGCAGCAGGGCUUCACAUCUCGGAACCAGUUAUCGAAAAAUGUCUUCACCAGCAGAACACACCCGUGUGCCUUACAGCCACCAAAAUCCUCACUACCACCCACAGCGGCACACUCGCCACCUCAGAGCUGAACAGCACAAACCUUUGACACACCGCCUUGAGGAAGAAGAGGAGGACUCAAGGAAUCAUCCCCGCAAGCAAAGCACAGAAGUUCAACGUAACAUCAGAGGCAUUUCAAGAGAGCCGGCCAACUUCAGGCCUUCUGCAGAAGAGCCUCCUAAAUAUUCCUCCCUUCAUUCAAAAGAGUCUGCUCACAGUCCACGUGUUAGCCAUCCAUUACACAAAGCAGCCAGCAGCAGUCAACAACGUAUCCCUGGCCACAGUGGCCAACCAAAAGUCCAGGGAAGCCCCACCCACAUAGCAAAGUUCGGCUCAACCUCGAUCCCAUCUCAUCCAUGUCCAGCUCGUCCCAAAUCCAAGUUUUCAGAUGUCAAAUACAAGGAGACCUCGCAGCAUCUGCGCUUGUCUCCGCACGGCAGCUCAAGAAUAAACAAGCCAGGAAAGGAGUCGGAAGCCCGAAAAACAGUUGGGCGCUUACAAAAUGAUGAACUGGUGAAAAGAGAGCGAUGGGAUGAUGUCACAACGGCAAAGAAAAAGGCUGAAGAUCGAAAGAAAUGGAAGAAAAAAGAACGGAAAUUAGCUGAGAAAAAGAAAAAAAGGGAUAAGGCAGCAAGGAAGGAAAAGAAAAUAACCCUGAAAGCUAAAAACAUACAGAAGGAAACUUAUGGCUCCUGUCUUCUUUCUAACUCUUCGGAAGAGGAUCGUCUUUCCACCGGUCAAUCUUUUCUUCCUAAGGGUACUUCUCCACCACAUAUGCCCCAAAACAAGCACGGACACUCACUCCCCACGAGAAACAGCCCCAACCUGACCACAGCCGAGGGACCAAAAUCAAACCCGAACGAUACGCUGCCUUCCCUUUUGUAUGAAGCCUUAGACCCUCCCAGUGCAGUGUGUUCCGUAAGCAUCAAGCAGUCAGCCCAAGGCAAAGGGCAAGGAGGACUCCUCCACGCCCCGGAUCUCCAGCCUGUGGGUGUGAUUGGAAAUGGUGAAGUGGGUGAAAACCUCGCUAACACUCCCCCUGUACUCAGCUGGCAGGGCUCACCAGUCUCGGAUGCGGGAGACGAUGACGACGAGAUGGAAAAGGGAAUGAUAAGCAGACCUGCCCUCCAGCCCAGUUUUUCCCCUCCGGCCUUCGAAGACGAGAAUAUUAAUGAUGGGUUUCAGGGGUCCGUUGAAAGUAAACCGGCAGAUUGUUCAGCACCACACGAUCUACCAAGUACAACUCAUCCUAUUCUUGAAGAGGAGAUGAAGAAAGAAAUUCCAGAAAAAGCCGCCUCUCUACACCACGAGCUCCAUCACAAAUCAGGCCUGGAUGACGUCUUCAAGAGCCUGGCCACUUUUCUCAGUGGCCAGAGGACCGCGUGUCGAGGGGGCCCAUUUGGGGGUUCUCCUGCUUUGACUGCCGAUGGGGUUAAGUUUUCUUCCUCUCUUGCUCGGGGACCAGAUAUUAACUGUCAGCAGCAACAAGAUUCUGCCCUCGAGUCACACCCAGCAUCAUCCUCAGAAACUAAUAGUCAAUGUAAUCUACAUUUGGAAAAAUGCAGCGAGACAGUUGAGCGUGAGCCCAUCACAGACAACCCCACAGGCAAAAUAGAGCAGCCUGAUGUUGAUGUGAAAGAGAGACGAGAGGCUCACGAUGAAGACAUCCAAACCGCAAAAGACGUCUCUCUUUUGGACCACUCGCUCAGUGCGGAGCUGAGACUGACCGCCACCCACACCACCUCUUUGAACCACCUCCUUGUCUCGAGCAAAGACAAGAGGCGAAAGAACACGGAGAGAAAUCACCAGCCGCGGGUCAAAGUUAAGAUCAAGAAAGAGAAAAGCACCGUCAGCCCCAAAUCUAAACGCAGACGUAACAAACGCAAAUCCCCUCCCAGCAAAGAUGUGCCCAAAAAGCGAGUGAAACUAGAAAAAGCGAAAGCAAACAUCAUAAAAAAGAUGAAAGGUGAUGUCAGCGUGCUUGGAACUGCUGUAUCAUCAUCAGGAGCCGGAAUCUCCGACACUAAAAAAACCACAAGCUUGUUAGCAACUCUCAGCGCAUCCAAAUUGUGCACCAGUACCCCAGCGAGUAAAUCUCUUGGCACGCCGGCUUCUCUUGACCCACUCAAGCUGAAAAUGUUGUCCAUGGGCUUUAACAAGGAGUUGAAGGUCCUCUUGGUGAAGAUGAAGCUCGAUAGCAUACGCACGUUCAACACCGCCAAAGUGGAAGAGCAGAAAAUCCCACUUUGUCAGAUCACCAUCCAAAACACAGCCGCCGAUGUGGUGCGAGCUUGCAAGGGGGCAAAGGUUAAGGAGAAAUUCAAGGAGUCGUACCUGCUUCCUUCCCUUUCUGUGAAACCGAAACUUUCCAUCCAGAUUCCCAUACCUCGGGAAAAGCUCAACCCUCCCACGCCAAGUAUCUAUUUGGAGAGCAGGAGGGACGCCUUCUCACCAGUCCUGCUUCAGUUCUGCACCGAUCCCAAAAAUGCGGUGACUGUCAUCAGAGGCCUCGCCGGCUCACUCCGCCUCAACCUUGGCUUGUUUUCCACCAAAUCUCUGGUGGAGGCCAAUGCAGAGCAUGCCGUGGAGGUGAGGACUCAGGUCCAGCAGCCCGCUGAUGAAAACUGGGAUUCCCGUGGCUCCACUCAGACGUGGCCCUGCGAGAGCAGCCGCUCACAUACCACCAUUGCCAAAUACGCUCAGUACCAAGCCUCGAGCUUCCAGGAGAGCCUGCAGGAGGAGAAGGAGAGUGAGAACGAAGAGAAGGAGAGUGAGAACGAAGAGGAAGAGGAACAAGCUGACCCCUCAAAUACGUCAUCUACUGCGAAAGCAGGUGUGACAUCGACUAGCAGUAAAGGCAGCCCGACCUCUAAUGACAUCAAAGCCGCUUCUGCGCUCCCGUCCAGCAAAAACUCUGGUGCCAACACACCCAGCUCGGAACUGAAGUCUGUUGGAAAGAUAAUCAAAUUUGGUACCAACAUAGAUCUCUCAGACCCGAAACGGUGGAAACCCCAGCUGCAGGAGCUGCUCAAACUGCCAGCGUUCAUGCGAGUGGAGUCAGUCAACAACAUGCUCAGUCAUGUCGGACACACAAUCCUGGGCAUGAACACUGUCCAGCUCUACAUGAAAGUUCCAGGCAGCCGGACACCAGGUCACCAGGAGAACAACAACUUCUGCUCAGUCAACAUAAAUAUUGGACCAGGUGACUGUGAGUGGUUUGCUGUCCAUGAGCACUACUGGGAGGCUAUCAACACAUUUUGUGAGAAGCAUGGAGUAGACUACCUCACAGGGUCCUGGUGGCCAGUUCUGGAAGACCUCUACAGUUCCAACAUCCCCGUGUACCGUUUCAUUCAGAGGCCAGGCGACUUGGUGUGGAUCAAUGCAGGGACUGUGCACUGGGUCCAAGCAGUGGGCUGGUGUAACAACAUCGCCUGGAACGUGGGUCCUUUAAACUCAUACCAGUAUCAACUCGCCCUGGAGCGAUACGAGUGGAAUGAGCUGAAGAAAGUUAAGUCAAUUGUUCCCAUGAUCCACGUUUCCUGGAAUGUGGCUCGCACCAUCAAAAUCACAGACCAUGACACCUUCAAGAUGAUUAAACACUGCCUACUGCAGUCCAUCAAGCAUAUCCAGAUAUUGAGGGAACAAUUGGUGGCAUCAGGAAAGAAAAUCUGUUAUCAGAGUCGUUUAAAGGAUGAGCCGGCUUACUACUGCAAUGAGUGUGACGUGGAGGUGUUCAACAUGCUGUUCGUGACCAGUGAACAUAGCGCUAAGAAGACCUAUGUGGUGCACUGUGAGGACUGCGCCCGUGCUAAGAGCCCAUCGUUGACAGGAGUGGUGGUGCUGGAACAGUAUCGAACAGAGGAGUUGAUGAAAACAUAUGACAGCUUCACACUGGCUCCGACACCCUUAUCGAAAUGAGGAUGUCGCCAUGGCGUUUUUCAGCCACAACCAAAACUAAGGGCAGCACAAAUGUUGCCUUGAAGGCAAUCGAUUCCUGCAAGCACGUUGUGAAUCAGCCAAUCAGCGUUUACUCUGUUGUUUACGUCACACAAUAAGGUAUAGCUACUCAGCCAAUCCAAGUACAGCUCACUGUCUUCCCCAUACCAGCUGCUGAUUGGACUUGUGCAUUGAAAUAGAAUGACUAGAAUGGUAAAUUUCAUGGAAGGAAAAAAACAAAGGUAAGCACUGUUAAGACGGAAAAUCAGGUUUUUUCCAAUGAACGGACUCUGCUGUGAUUCAAAAGCGUCAAGUAGCCAAUUUUAUGUAUCAAUUCAGGUACUUUUAUGCAAAUUCCGUUUUCUACACCUUUCUAGUUAUUCUAUAUGUCCAUGAAUUUGCUGUGAUUCUAUUGUACCAGCAGGGGAAAUCGCUUUCACACAGGAGAGGUAGCUGAUUGUCACAUUUGCGUCAUAUUGAUUCCAGUUUGUGUUGAUCUUCAGGUAAACUUGAACAUGUUACUCAUGCCUGUAAACUCUGAGGUGCUAUCUACUCCAAUCGUAUUCAUUGUCAGAACAGUUUAAAAAAAAAAAAAAAAAAUUCUACCAGCCUGGAAGUAUACACCACAUUGGCCUUGUGAACUGUGAGAAGUUGUAAUUGGAGUGUAAAACUAUGCGGAUACGCUUUUGUUGAACUAAAAAAAAAAAUGAAACAAACGACAAAAAAAAAAAAAAAGAUUUCUCUAAGAUACGGGUUUGUUAGAGAACUAAUAUGGCUUCGUAGUUGGGGAUCAAACGGUCAAUUUAGUCUGUGAUACACCUUAAAGCAAAUGUGGUGUGGAUUUUAUAUUUCUUUCGUUUGCUAUGGGAACAUAAGCCCAGUUUUAUACCUCUUUGUGUUGCUUGGUUCUUGAUUUGUUUGUUUGUUUUCUAGAUUUAAUGAACGUAAAUAACUGUACAUUGUGAAUGACUAUGGGAUAAAAAACGGAGUGCAUCGAUGAAGUACAGCAGGGGGUGGAUCACCAAUUUUUUUUUUUUUUUCUUUCGGAGUGACCAGAACACUCUGUGAGACAAGAAGGCCACCCAUUACAGUACAAAACUUAUUUGAUGAUUCUCUUAUGUAUAAAUCCACUAAUUAUACCAGCACAUCUCACUAGCGGCGUCAAAAGAACAAAGGGAAACAUUCUUGUCUCGUCAUAAGUUCUUCAAGUGGCAUUGUGCACAUACAAAUUGCUGAAGGUUGUUUUCUCUAAACUGGAAUGUGAGAAAGGCCUGUUGUAUAACAUCUGAGUUCAAAUAUGAUUCAUCCCCAUGCUGUUAUUCCUCUAUGCACACCAUAUCAUGUACAUAGUAUAUCUGUUUUCUAGUUCACUUGAAAUAGUUCUCGUUUGGAAUCAAAUUUUUGCAAAUGGUCAAAUUUGUCAUCCUGGGUCUCUUGUUUUUGGUGCUGUUGGGG